AUGGACGAUAUGCUCCACGUAUGUUCUCGCUUGCCAGAGUAUUUCAAAUCUCAUCCGCUGGAGUCGCCAUCGAGCCCAACCCAUAAUCCCUACUCCUGGACAUAUGGCAUGGAAGGACAAGAUUGGAUCAAAGUGGUCGGACGCUCCCCGGAAAAGUUACGAAAGUUUGCCAUCGGAAUCAGCGGCAAAUGGUCCACCGUCCCCGCCGUCGGCAUCUACCCCUUCGACACCGAACUCGCCCCCCUCUCCGCCACAUGCCAACGACAAAACCGCGUCCUCGUCGUCGACGUCGGUGCCUCCCAAGGCGGCACCAUGAAGGAAAUCCGCCAGGCCUUCCCCCGGCUGACAGGCAGAAUCAUAACCCAAGACCUCGCCCGCGUCGUCGACCACGUCCCGGCGGGUUACCUGCCCCCGGAGCUGGACAUCCAUCCGACGGUCCACGAUUUCUGGACGCCGCAGCCGGUGCGGAACGCGCAGGACCCACUUUUUGACGAGAAAAUAUCGUCUGAUGACGAGAGCGGGCUCGCUGACCGGGACGUAGUGUGUCGAACGAUCCUGCGGCACAACGUCGAUGCCAUGGGCCCCGAUUCCAGACUCCUGAUCGCCGAGGUCCUCGUCCCGGAUCGGGUGCAGAAGGAGGAGCUGUACUGCUACUGGAUGGAUCUGACGGUGCUGACGUUUGCGGGCAGGGAGCGGAGCGAGGCGGAUUGGAGGGAUUUGUUUGAGUCUGUGGGGUUGGCGUUGGUGAAGGUUUGGCGGGCGGAGGUGGGGACGCAGGCGGUUGUGGAGGGGAGGUUGAGGAGGUGA